CAAGAGCCAUGGCGGAUACCCCCCAUUCCAAACGGAUUCCCGAGGCCCUGGAGUUGAAGGACGGAUCCGGGUCCUCCUGGUUAAAUGUUUCUGCUGGGGACCACACGUUGGGCCUGGAGCCCCCCAUCUCCGGGAGCCCUGGUUCCCCAGCACGGCCUGACGCCUUGGGGGCUCAGGUUCCUGCGGACGACCCAAAGCCUUCCUUCCCGGCUCGGCCUCCAGCUUCAGACAUUUCUGUUCCAGCCCCUGGUGCUCACGGGCCUGUGGAGGGCCCGGGUUUGAAGUUCUCCCCCGAGGACCUGGAUGUUAAAUUCCCUGCUCAGAGUCCCGAAUCCAAAGUCCCCGCAGAGGCCCCCCCAGGGCCAAGCUUCCCCCAGCAGGUGGGGGGGCCCCUGGCGGUGCUGGUGGGGAGCACCAUCCAGCUCCCCCUGCUUCCAGCGCCCAGCCCUGGCCCCCCGGACCCGCUGGUGGUCUGGCGCCGGGGCUCCAAGGUGCUAGCAGCUGGGGGCCUGGGGUCAGGGGCCCCUCUGAUCAGCCUGGACCCUGCUCACCGAGACCGCCUACGGUUUGACCAGGCCCGAGGGGCCCUGGAACUGGCCUCUGCCCAGCUGGAGGAUGCUGGGGUCUACACGGCCGAGGUCAUCCGGGCUGGGGUCUCCCGGCAGACCCGGGAGUUCACGGUGGGUGUGUAUGGUAAGUGGGCUCAGAAGGCAGACCUUGGGGCUGCGGCCGUCCCCGUCCACCCCCGGCUCAGCGGCGUCCCCGUCACCUGCUUGGCUCGCCACCUGGUGACCACGCGCACCUGCACUGUCACCCCAGAGGCCCCGCGAGAGGUGCUGCUGCGUCCGAUGGUGCAGGAGGCGCGGUCCGGGGAGGUGGAGGUGGCGCUGGAGGCCUCCGGCUGUCCGCCACCUUCGCGAGCAUCGUGGGCCCGGGAAGGGCGGCCUCUGGCCUCCGGAGGCGGCGGGGGGCGCCUGAGGCUCAGCCAGGAUGGACGGAGGCUCCUCAUUGGCAACUUCAGCUUGGACUGGGACCUCGGAAAUUACUCCGUGCUGUGCAGUGGGGUGCUGGGUGCUGGGGGCGACCAGAUCACCCUCAUUGGACCGGCCAUCUCCUCCUGGAGGCUGCAGAGAGCCCAGGACGCCGCGGUGCUGACUUGGGAUGUGGAGCGCGGGGCCCUGAUCAGUGGUUUUGAGAUCCAGGCCCGGCCGGAGGGGCCUGACCCGGGCAGAGCCAUCAGCUACCAGGACUGGGUCUCCUUGCUCAUCCUGGGGCCUCAGGAGCGAUCGGCCGUGGUGCCCCUCCCUCCUCAGAACCGGGGGACCUGGGCCUUGCGUAUCCUGCCCACCCUGGGGGCCCGGCCAGGCACCCCAUCCCAAAGCCGGGUCUACAAUGCGGAUCCCACCCUGGGCCCCGGGGCCAUCGCUGGCAUCGUCCUGGGCUCCCUCCUGGGCCUGGCGCUCCUGGCAGCCCUUCUCCUCCUGUGCAUCUGCUGCCUGCGCAGGUUUCGGGGAGCGAUUCCCAAGAAAAAGAAGCAUCUCCCCACCUUUGCCCCUGUGAUCUCCCCACCAGAAAAGAAGAUGCAGAGCGUGGCCCCAGUGCAGACUCCACAGCCUCUGCCCCCCAAAGUCCCGCUGGAGGCCCCGAGCCCGACCAGGCCCCACCAAGCCACCAGCCCCAGCCCAGUCAUCUCCCCAGGUGGGGGCCCGAAGACGGUCCGGGCAGCCACACAGGUGUGACCAGGCGAAUGGCCUGCUCUGUGCAGGACUUUUUGGGCAAGACUUCCUGUUUCGCCUCCUGUCCUACUGUGACUCAAGGCCAGACUCUGAAAGUGGGACUUCCUGUCUCCCUCUCUCACCUGAGAAGACUCUGCCUGUAUUUGUGCAACAAAGGAGGUGGGACUCAGGGCUUGAGGAGACUCCCGAGGAUCUAACAGUGUGGUUGCAAACCACCAAGCAGGCAAGAUGUGGGGGCUGUGCGGCGAACAGGGGGGCUUGCUGUGCCUCUCUGAGUCAGAGAGGGGGCCCCACCUCAUCCCUGAAAAGGUCUUCCUACAUCCACUUCUGCCUCCCCCAGGCCAUGCCCACCCAGCUCCCAGAGUCUGCAUCUUAAAACAGACCAGACCACAUGUCCUCUUCCCUGUAAACCAGUGGUUCCCAACCUUUUUUGGCCACACUCCCCCCUAAGCAUCUCUAAAAUCCUGAUG